AUGGUCUUGUCAUCUCCUCUCAAUGAAAGGGUCUUAUCGAAACGUUGUACUCCUGGUGCUGGUAGACACGAUUGUAAUGACGGCGACCCAUGUGAUAGUAAACAAGAUUGCGCGAACGAUGUUAUUUGCAACAGUGGAAUUUAUGAUAUCAACGUUAUUUCGACAUUGCGUGCACAGUUAGAAAAAAUUUAG